UUUUCAUAUAGCCCUAGACUUUUCAGCCCAAGUCACAUUCAUGUAUCUGUAGAAAAAAAAAUUAUCUAAAUAACCGCAAAUUUAUCUACGCCUCAAUUCAGCAAGAAACUCAACAGCUAAUACAAAGCUAAGCCAACAACUUCGUUGUUGUUCGCACCGAUCACGCAAAUAUGCUUUGGCUCAUGUUACAACGAACAAUUUAGCUUUGGGUUAGUUGUUUUUCGAACAGCAAACUCAACGGUUUGUUGCUGCGUCGUUGUGGUGGUGGUGUUGCUUCCCACAAAAUUUCAUACAUAAAAGGAAAUUGCUUUUGUCUUAUGUCCGGUGAAAAUAUUUCGUGGUUUAAGGUUUCUUACGAAUAUGAAGUGAAAGAAGAAAUUUAGUGAAUCACUGUGAAAAUUUCACUCCAGAAUACAAAUUAUAACAAAUAAAUAUUUCAAGUGUAGAUUGUGAAAAAAACGAAACAAAAAUUAACGCCAAGAAAAAAAUUUAAACAAAGUCUUACUUAAUUGCUUUUGUGAUUUUUUGGCUCGAAAAACAUUAACGGAAAAAGAAAACCAACGAAAGUCAAUCAUGAGUGCCGCUGCUGCUGCCUUGUCGUUGUCAUUGAAUACGCUGCGUGGUCGAACAUGUAAUACUGCUAACACACUAACUGCUUUGGCAACGGUUGCAAGCAAUUCAACAUUAUCGACAGUAUUACGCUCGAAGCCAAAUUGUCUGUAUGACGUUGGUAAGCGUGAAAAUUCUUCCAGUGCUGCUGCUGCUGCUCCACCAACUUGUCCCCAUUUGAGCAGCAACACCAUGUAUGAACAUGACGAUAUGGUGCCAUUAAUACAUCACACAACCGAAUGGCAAAAUGCUUUGCCCUAUGAAGAGGUGCCUGGACCAAAACCAAUACCCAUUUUGGGUAAUACCUGGAGAAUGAUGCCCAUCAUUGGCCAAUAUACGAUUGGAGAUGUUGCAAAAAUUUCCUCACAACUUCACGAACAAUAUGGACAAAUUGUAAAAUUCAGUGGCCUAAUAGGAAGACCGGAUUUGCUGUUCAUAUACGAUGUUGAUGAAAUUGAAAAGUGUUAUCGUACCGAGGGAACAACUCCAUUCCGUCCAUCAAUGCCUAGUCUUGUGAAAUAUAAGAGUGUGGUGCGCAAAGAUUUCUUUGGGGAUCUGGGUGGUGUUGUGGGAGUACACGGUGAACCUUGGCGUGAAUUCCGUUCGAAAGUGCAAAAACCCGUGCUGCAGUUAUCAACCGUUCGUCGCUAUCUGCAACCCUUGGAAGUGGUAACAGAUGAUUUCUUGAAACGUUGCGAAACCCUUUUGGAUGUGAAUUCAGAAUUACCCGAAGAUUUUGACAAUGAAAUUCACAAAUGGUCCCUUGAAUGUAUUGGCCGCGUUGCCUUGGACACUCGCUUGGGUUGUUUGGAAUCGAACUUAUCUCCUGACUCGGAACCUCAACAAAUCAUUAAUGCUGCCAAAUAUGCUUUGCGUAAUGUUGCAACAUUGGAAUUGAAGGCACCCUAUUGGCGUUAUUUCCCAACGCCGCUGUGGACUCAUUAUGUGAAAAAUAUGAACUUCUUUGUAGAAGUAUGCAUGAAAUAUAUCAAAUCUGCAACGGAUCGUCUAAAGGUUCAAGGACCCUGCAAACACGGAGAACCAUCUCUACUGGAGAAAGUUAUAAUGUCACAGAAGGAUGAGAAAAUUGCAACAAUCAUGGCUUUGGAUUUAAUACUAGUUGGCAUUGACACCAUUUCCAUGGCGGUCUGUUCAAUGUUGUAUCAAUUAGCCACCCGGCCAGAGCAACAAGAAAAAGUUCACCAAGAAUUGAAACGAUUAAUGCCAGAUCCCAAGACCCCGCUUACAUUGCAAUUACUGGAUCAAAUGCAUUAUUUAAAGGCCUUCAUUAAAGAAGUAUUUCGCAUGUACAGUACAGUCAUUGGCAAUGGUAGAACGCUGCAGGAGGAUGCUGUUAUAUGCGGUUAUCGCAUACCAAAAGGGGUUCAAGCUGUUUUCCCCACCAUUGUCACGGGAAACAUGGAAAAAUAUGUUACCGAUGCUGCCGAAUUUAAACCAGAACGUUGGCUUAAACCCAGUCAAGGUGGGUUUGAGGGUAAACUGCAUCCAUUUGCUUCGUUGCCAUAUGGCUAUGGUGCCCGUAUGUGUUUAGGACGACGUUUUGCCGAUUUGGAAAUGCAAAUUCUAUUAGCGAAACUUUUACGCUCUUACAAAUUGGAAUACGAACAUGAACCACUGGAAUAUGCGGUAACAUUUAUGUAUGCUCCAGAUGGUCCACUGAAAUUUAAGAUGACCAAGUAUUAAUUUAAAAUAUUGUACAUCACUGUAUUUUUUUAAUUUAAUGUCCAUAUGUGUAUAUAUAUAUUAUUUAUAGUAACAAAUCAUAAAGAAAUAAACAUACCCCAUUUUAUAUUAUUGAUA